AUGCCCAAGCCCGGGGGCAGUGGAGGGGUGCCACCUGGGGGUCGAGACGGCAGCGGGAUAUGUCGGAGCAGUAGCAUCAGCAGUGGGUCUGGAGGCAAGAUAAUGUCCCUAUCAUCAAUGAGUGAAAGUGUGCAAAGUGGCCUAAGCUGCUUCUUGUCAGAGCAAGCACUCGAGCAGGAGGAGAAGCAGCAGCGCAGUAGCCAGUUAGCCGAGUUUCAGCGUCUGAGAGAGGUUCGUGCAGCUGCUCAGCUCAAAAAUCUGGAGGAUUUCCUCAGGAUGAACCAUGUUUCACUCAGGGACACCAUGUCUUAUUCCACUGGCAUGAUGUAUAGAAAUCUGGGAAAAUCUGGGCUGAGGGUGUCCUGUCUUGGAUUAGGCACGUGGGUUACCUUUGGAGGCCAGAUAACGGAUGAGGUGGCUGAGGAGCUGAUGACUCUGGCAUAUGAGAAUGGGAUCAAUCUGUUCGACACGGCAGAGGUGUAUAAUGCUGGAAAGGCCGAAGGUGUCUUGGGAAGCAUCAUAAAGAAGAAAGGAUGGAGGCGUUCCAGUUUAGUCAUCACCACCAAAAUCUUCUGGGGCGGAAAAGCAGAAAUGGAAAGAGGACUUUCUAGAAAACAUAUAAUCGAAGGUCUCAGGGCAUCGCUGGAGAGACUUCAGCUGGAGUACAUAGACGUGGUGUUCGCGAAUCGCCCGGAUCCUAACACACCUAUAGAAGAGACGGUGAGGGCAAUGACCCAUGUGAUCAACCAGGGGAUGGCCAUGUACUGGGGCACAUCACGAUGGACCUCCAUGGAAAUCAUGGAGGCAUAUUCAGUGGCUCGACAGUUCAACCAGAUUCCACCCAUCUGUGAACAGGCAGAGUAUCACAUGUUCCAGAGGGAGAAGGUGGAGAUUCAACUCCCUGAACUCUACCACAAGAUAGGAAUUGGAGCGAUGACAUGGUCUCCACUGGCCUGUGGGAUCCUCUCAGGGAAGUACAACGGUGGGAUCCCCUCUUAUUCACGCGCCUCGCUGAAGGGUUAUCAGUGGCUGAAGGACAAGAUCCUGAGUGAGGAGGGCCACCGGCAGCAGGUGAAGCUUAAAGAGUUGCAGGCAGUUGCUGAGCGACUAGGCUGCACUCUGCCCCAGCUGGCUAUUGCGUGGUGCCUGAGGAACGAGGGCGUGAACUCUGUCCUGCUGGGAGCCUCCAGGACCGAGCAGCUGAUGGACAAUAUCAGAGCAAUACAGGUUCUUCCGAAGUUAUCACUGUCCAUGAUAUCUGAGGUGGAUAGUCUCUUGGGAAACAAACCCUACAGUAAAAAGGACUUCAGAUCCUAGAAGCUUCAGAACACAUGAACUGUCAUGCGAUCCUACGAGUGAGAGACAUGAGCAAUAAAUGGACAUUUAUGAGAGUGAUUAACAAGCCAAAAAAAAUGUGCCAUUACUCACUAAGUCAAUGCACUGUCAGUAUACUUCCUUGUUCACAGUUGCACUUAUCACCACUUAAUAAUAUGAAGUUCUACAUAUGCAGUACACUUUCUAGUUGUCUGAACACUUAAAGGGAACGUCAAGCAGAGCCACUAAAGAAGCACUAAACUUAACUUAUUGUUCAGUAACAUGCAGCUUUUUCAUUGUCUACAGAUUGUUGCAUCAGGAUGUCUCAAGUUAGACUCAUGCUGCACAAUCUACUGAACACUAAACAUUAUGGCGUGAUGCAUUAACCCUUUAGGGUGAACCAAACACUGAAAGACUGCAGAACCCCCCUAGAGUAUUGGGAAAGACAGAAAAAUGUAUAUCCUGUCGUGGCAAUUUUGACAACUGCACUAAGUUAAUGGGUGAGCUGGCCAAACACAAAGCACUCAAUACUCUGUUCAGCAAGUUUUAUUAGCACAUUCGUAUUCCAUACAUCGCACAAUUCCGAAUGGCUAUUUUAUAAUACAACAAAGUCCCAUACACCGCUCGACUUAUGACUGUUGCACUUUUCAGCAUUGGCUUUUCAGCAAGACUCAAUGCGGCCCUAUCUUCCUGCCCUAAACAUCACAUCAGGACAGAGCCCACUGGUCAACAUGUUCCCCUCUCUCAUGGUGUUAUCAUUGUUAAGUUCACAGAGUCAGUUCCCACAAUUCCUUGUGUCUUGAAUAUCAAGUAGGUCGCCGCCUACCUCAUGUCCCACCAUGCAGGAAACACCAAAUUUCCUUCACAAUCACAACUUGUAUAAAUUUGCUGUUGCUUUUCUCUGUGACCCAGCUUCAUCUGUGGUGGUGAAAGGGGAUUUUCUAAAGCAGGUGAAAUCAUCUAAAAAUAAUAAUAAAUAUAAUAAUAAUAAAUAUAUAUAAUAAAAAUAAAUAAAAUCUUGUCCCUAUUUUAUGUGUAACAUGUCCCUAGUAACACAUUCAUAUCACAACCCUCUCCACAAUUUGUUUCAAUUUUCCCCUCUGUCCCUGCCAUCAUUCUAUCAGAGAAACAGACACGUUAUUAAUGAGAAUAUUAUUUGUUUACUGGCAUUAUCAUUUAAGCACAGUUUUACUUUAUUAUCCACUUGAUGGAGCAGUAGAGCAAAUGAAGCACCACUAAGCUUUGGCUUCUCUACUGCUACUAUGAUCCUCAACAGGCAUCAUGGUUGGCUCCAGACUGUUGCUGCGCCUGCUGCUAGAAACCCACUUCUAUUAUAUCAUCAGUUAUAUUCUAAUUUAUUAUUAGGGCCACGGGGCUGGUCCCAUCCAGCAAUAGCUGUAGGGACCAGUGCUGCACUACUGUUAUACUGUGGAUUUCUUCUUCUUCCUCUUCCGGACGCAAUUUUGCAAUUUCACAAUUUCACUAUUUUGCUACUAGUCCUACAACUUGAAGAGUUGCAGGACAAAUUAUAUAUCAAAACAUGCGGUUUGAUCAGGAUUGGUGUGCUAUUACUUUUCUCUACAGAAUACGAAUUUUGCAUUGAAGUGAAUGGGACGGCCGAAAAAAAAAUUGCGAAAAAGAACAAUAAUUGGAGAUUUUCAAACGUCUACUUCUCCAGCAUAAUUUCAUCUAGAGACUCCAUUUAAACUUUAAACAGUAGACACAAGUCUUGUGUAUCGUUGUAUAAAUCCACGUUUCGAUAGGUCAUAGAGUUUUUUAUAAAUCCCAAUUCAAUGACCAUGAUCAUUUUUGGAGAAAUUCUGAGAUUAUAAUGGGUGUGUAUUGCACGGAAUGUUCGUGUCAGUGUGUGACAUCAUCGGCAGAGUGUAAAGGGAGAGAAAAAACUGUCAAAAACUAAAUUUGAAAACUGCGCUCCAGGCCGCAAAUUCCACUCUACAGAAAUAAUUUUUACAUAGAAACAUAGGAAAAUUAGUCUUCUCCCUCACAAUCCUCUGGUAAAGCUGUCAGAAUUAUAGUUUGGCCGUAGGAUGCACAAAUGAUCCACCAACACGCACCAACAGCCUCAUUGGCUCCCAUAUAAACGCAGGAAGAUUUCUGAAAAGGGGAGAUGGAACAGUUUUUUUAGAUCGCUCUAACAAAGCUAUUUUUUCAUUUUUCUGAAAAAAAAACAACAUAUGUAGACGUUCAGGAAUAACUCAGGACGCUUAAAGUGAAGUCGGAUCAAUGAUAGGCUUUAUCGUUUUGCCAAAAAUGCUUUCUGUUCGAGGCCAGAAAUUCUAGUCUGUCCACCUCUGCUGUCACUGAGCUGGAGCAGGUGUCAGUUAAUUCUGUUGAUUGCUUUGAUCUGAUUGCCUUU